UACUAUGUCCUUCCGUUCAGUCCUCCCUCGGUGCGUCACCUCCAUCCCGACUGCUGCUGGAUGAGGGAGGAAAAAACGAGAAGUGGGCAGUUCGUGGUUUCAUUUGUAGCGUGGCUUUCUCUCAGCUCCCCCCUUUUCCUCCCUGCGCCUCUGAGGCUGUCGGAUCGGCAGCAGCUCCAGCUUUCAUCUACCUGAGCAGCGCGUCCAGCGCACGGGACAGACGCACUGCAGCUGCAGCAGAGAGGAGCUGACGGAAAUAAAACAGGACCAGAAGUCAGUUUAACCCGUUUCAACAGAAAUGCUGCUGACAAGAACCAGACGUGUGCAGAUACUCCCUCUCCUCUGUGCAGUUUGUCACCUGACUCUGGCCUUUCCGGCACAAACUCCUUCUGCGUAUGAGGAAGUUCGGCAUCUUCAAGUGAACAUCCACCACUCGGGUCCAGUUCUCACCCCUCUGGGUAGCUCCAUUACUAUCCCCUGUUUUGUGUCCCUGUCCUCCACUCCCACCUCCUCCUCUUCCUCCCCUGUGGCACCACGAGUGAAGUGGACAGUGGUGUCCGGUGGGAUUGAGACGCAGAUAUUGGUAGCCCGAGGUCAGAGGGUGAAGAUCAACGAAGCGUACCGAGAUCGGGCCGCGCUGCUGAACUACACCUCCUCUCCCGAGGACGUAUCCCUGUGGUUUGGAGAUUUGCGCCACAGUGACUCGGGUCACUAUCGCUGUGAGGUGCAGCAGGGACUGGAAGAUGCCAGUGACAUCAUACAAGUCAAAGUCAAAGGGGUUGUGUUCCACUAUAGAGAUGCUUUGGGUCGGUAUGCCUUUUCCUUCCCGCAAGCCCAGAGGGCUUGCAGGUCCAUUGGUGCACAGAUUGCAACUCCUGACCAGCUGCUGGCUGCCUAUUAUGAUGGAUACGAGCAGUGUGACGCAGGCUGGCUGGCAGAUCAGUCCGUCAGAUAUCCAAUCCAGGUCCCUCGUGAAGGUUGCUAUGGAGACAUGGAUGGGCAACCAGGAGUGAGGAAUUAUGGGACAAUGAAUCCAAAUAAUCUAUUUGAUGUUUAUUGCUAUGUAGAUGGAAUUAAUGGGGAGGUGUUCCACGACUCCAUACCACAACAGUUAUCAUUUGAUGAAGCUCAGUCCUAUUGUGGAGCUGCAGAUGCUAAGCUAGCAACAACAGCACAAUUGUACUUUGCAUGGAGUGAAGGCUUGGACCGCUGCAAUCCUGGGUGGCUUGCUGACGGUAGUGUACGCUAUCCCAUCGUGACCCCAAGAGAGAGAUGUGGCGGCCCUCAGUCAGGUGUCAAGACCCUCUACCUCUUCAGCAACCAGACUGGGUUCCCAGAAGCUUCUAGCCUCCAUGAUGUGUAUUGUUUCAAAGAAAACAGAAAAACUUACAGCGACUCUCCAGUGGAGUUUAUCACCACAGAGGCUGAAGACAUUGAGCAAAAUGUUAUUAUUUUAUUGGAAAAUGCUCAAGAACUUCAGCUGAACAAACAAACAGAACAGGUGGAACGAGAGGCCCAAAGUGUUCUUGAGUCUUUGCCCUUUUGGUCUGGCUCUUUUACUCCAGAAACCCCAGUCAGCACACACCCAACGCUUUUAUCAGACACAACUGAAUCCUUCCCAAGCACAGCGUCUGCACUGGACGUCCUUCAGCGAUCUAACGAAACUUCAGAAAUUAGUUACGACUCUCAGCAUCCCAAAGAAAGGAUGAACACCACCACCAGCAAAACAGAAACCUACAAUUCAACACAGAACACAUUUCCACCCAGUGUUUACAAUGAGACUGAUUUCAACCAGAACGUCAGCAUUACAUUUCACCAUUCAACCAUGUAUGAAUCCCACAUUGAGAACCAAACUGUGCCAAGCACCAGUUUACAGACUACACAUCCACUUGAGGAGCUAAAGCAGCCUCAAGAUAUACAUGAAAGUGGCCUAGGUAUAGACAAACCACACAUCAAUUACAGUGAGACAGAGAGAAAUCUUACUCCAGAGGAGAGUUUCCGGGGGGUGACCACUUUGACAGAUGACUCAUUGCUUCAGGUGAAAGUGGAAGAGGUAGCCGUCAAAGAUCAUGAGCUCACGUUGCUCUCAACCGAGGCAUCUCAAGAAAAAACAAUGCUCCUUACUCAAACUACUGCAUCAGCUGUUGAGACGUUAACCUCAGUAUGGAGUCACGUGCAUGGGUCUGGAGAUAGCUCUCAAGAGAGAGACCCUGAAGUAGAGGAAGUCAUCACAUCCCAGUCUUCCACUACUGGCCAGACCACUCACCUAUCACAUUCUGCCAUGGUUAUAGUUCCCACCGAACCUCAAACUGUAGCCCCACGUCUAACCGUCUCACCUGUAUCGAGAAAUGUGGAAAAACUAGACCAUGAAAUCUUUUCCACAUCGCCAUACCUGUGGGAGUCCUCCAGUUCUAGACAAGAGGGGAGUGCAAGCUUAGAAACUGUAGACAUGUUGACAAUGGACAGUGAAGAAAUACAAAUCCACACAACUCAGCCACGUGUAGUUUCUGAAGAAAGUUUAGCCACCACCCAGUCUCUGGAAGGGCUGAACACCUCUCAACCACCCUUUGAGUUUUCUACAGCAGAAAGUCAAACAUCAGGUUACAGAACGUAUUUUGAAUCUAGCCAUUCUUAUGAUGAAGCAAGUGGAUAUGAACCUGGAACUGUUAGUUCUACAUUUAAAGAGGACAAAAAGGUUGUUCCAACCUUCAAAGAACAAACUAUUGUAGCCACAGUCCAUGAACAGGAGAUCAAUAUUUCCCUUUUAUUGGAACAAGAUAAAGUUAACUCAACACAUGGAUUAGAAGAAGAAGAAGCCAAGAUUAUCACAACCAUUUUUCUCACAGAAGAAGACAGUGUUGAAGAAUUCACGGUUGCCCCAGCUCUUGUCUUUAAAGAAGCACCUAAAGUGGUCCCAACCCUUAUUCUUAAAGAAAAAUCUGAACUUACCCCAAUUCCUGUUCUUGAACAGGAAACUAAAGCAUCCCCAACUCUUGAAGGAGAAGCUAAAGUUGCAUCAAGUCUUCACCUUGAAAAACAACCCAGUGUUGCACCAACCUCUGAAAAAGAAACCAAAGUUGCUCCAACUGUGGUUCUCAAAAAAGAUAUUGAAUUUACCAUAACCCCGAUUCUUGAAACAGAAGCUAAAGCUGUACCAACCAUGAUCUCUAAAGAAGCGGCUAAAGCUUUCCCAUCCCUGAUCACUGAAAAAGAGGCUAAAGCUGCCCCAACCCUGAUCAUUGAUGGAGAAGCCAAAGCUACCUCAACACUCAUUACUGAAGAAGAAGUUAAAGCAUCCCAAUCCCUGAUCACUGAGGACAAAGCUACUCCAAUUCUGAUUACCGAAGAAGGGGCUAAAGCUACCCCAACCCUGAUCAUUGAUAGAGAAGCUAAAGCUAGCACAACCAUGAUCACUGAAGAAGGGACUAAAGCUGCCCCUACCUUGAUCAUUGGGGAAGAAGCUAAAGCUAUCCCAACAAUGACCACCCUGAUCAUUGAGGAGGACAAAGCUACUCCAAUCCUGAUUACUGAAGAAUGGGCUGAAGCUGUCCCAACCCUGAUCAUUGAUGGAGAAGCUAAAGCCACCCCAACCCUGAUCAUUGAGGGAAUGAAUGCUACAGCUAGCACAACCAAGAUUAUUGAAGAAGGGGCUAAAGCCACCCCAACCCUGAUCAUUGAGGGAGAAGCUAAAGCUACCCCUACCCUGGCCAUUGAUGGAGGAGCUAACACUAGCGUAACCCUGAUCACUGAAGAAGAGGUUAAAGCAUCCAAGCCCCUGAUCACAGAAGAGGCUAAAGCUGCCCCAACUCUGAUCAUUGAUGAAGAAGUAAAACCUAGCUCAACUCUGAUUACUGAAGAAGAGGCUAAAGCUGCCCCAACUCUGAUCAUUGAUGAAGAAGUAAAACUUAGCUCAACUCUGAUUACUGAAGAAGAGGCUAAAGCUGUCCCAACCCUGAUCAUUGAUGGAGAAGCUAAAGCCACCCCAACCCUGAUCAUUGAGGGAAUGAAUGCUACAGCUAGCACAACCAAGAUUAUUGAAGAAGGGGCUAAAGCCACCCCAACCCUGAUCAUUGAGGGAGAAGCUAAAGCUACCCCUACCCUGGCCAUUGAUGGAGGAGCUAAAACUAGCCUAACCCUGAUCACUGAAGAAGAGGUUAAAGCAUCCAAGCCCCUGAUCACAGAAGAGGCUAAAGCUGCCCCAACUCUGAUCAUUGAUGAAGAAGUAAAACCUAGCUCAACCCUGAUUACUGAAGAAGAGGCUAAAGCUGCCCCAACCUUGAUUUGGGAAGGAGCCAUGGUAUCCUCAGCGUUUGACCCUGAGGGAGAAGCUAGUGUUCCCCCAACGUCUGAAGAUGAAAUCAAUGCUGCUCCAACUCUUGUCACUGAAGAAGAAAUAAAACUUGUCACAACAUGGGCCCUUGAUGAAAGAACCAAAGUUCCUUCAAUUUUUGACUAUGAGGGAGAAGUCAGAGUAGUGCCAAUGCUUGAAGCCGAGGUCAAAGUUGUUCCAACUUUUGCCAUUAUUAAAGAUUCUAAAGAUGUCCCAACCUCAGCCUUUGAAGAAGCCAGUGUUGUCUCUAAUUCUAAAGAAGUUGCCCAAACCUUCGUCCUUGAGGAAGAACCUAAAAUUGACCCAACCUUAGUCUAUGAAGGAGAAGCUUAUGUUGCCCCAACAAAUGAAGGACGUAAAAUUUCUCCAACACUUGCCAUUGAAGAAGCAACAAAAGACACCCUUACCCUUGAGAAUGAAAAAGUAAAAAUUGCUCCAACCUUUGACGAUUUUAGCAUCUCCCCGUUUAUUUCCGAAACAUCUAAGUGGACUCUGCUGCCCACUACAACUGGACAACAAGAGUCUUUGAAUGAAGUUAAGUUCAAUCGAGGACCCACCAUUGCUGUUUCUGAUUCACUGGCAACUCAGAUGAGCACAAAACCCACUGCUUUAGCCUCAACGACAACCACCCCCACCAUAACCACCACCACACAUCGCUCCAGACAUGUCUGGAGCCCAACUACCUCCUCACCCAAAAGUUUCCAUGAGAAGGUGGAGCUACAGAAGGUUACCCAUACCAUUCCACUGGUGGAUCACGGUUUGGGUGAUGGUGAGCUUAGCCUCACACUGCCACCCACCCUGCUUAACUUGCCCAAUGAGAGGGCAGCUGUAGGUGGGACAGGGAAGUCUUCAGAUGCCUGUCUGAAUGACCCCUGUCUCAACGGAGGCACCUGCACAGAUCAAGAUGGACACAUUAAAUGUCUCUGUUUGCCAACAUAUGAGGGAGACUUUUGUCAAACUGAUCUGGAGCAAUGUGAGCCAGGCUGGGACAAAUUUCACGGUUUCUGUUAUCGACACUUCAGCCAGCGUCAAAGCUGGGAGGUUGCUGAGCAGCACUGUCGGAUGCAAGGAGCUCACUUGGUAUCCAUCAUGACUCCUGAGGAGCAGGACUACAUCAACAGCAACUACAAGGAAUACCAGUGGACUGGUUUGAAUGAUAAAACCAUUGAGGAUGAUUUCCGCUGGUCUGAUGGCAACCCACUGCUGUAUGUGAACUGGUACCGAGGACAACCAGACAGCUACUUCCUGUCUGGAGAAGACUGCGUGGUGAUGGUGUGGCAUGAUAAUGGGCGCUGGAGCGACGUACCCUGCAACUAUCACCUCGCAUAUACGUGCAAGAAGGGCACCUCCUCCUGUGGUCCGCCACCAAAAAUACGAAAUGCCUCAAUUUUUGGGAAAACUCGGCAAAGAUACGAAACCGGUGCAAUUGUGCGUUACCAUUGCAGAGAGGGCUUCCAGCAACGAUUAUUCCCUCUGAUAAAAUGCCUGUCUGGAGGAUAUUGGCAGAGACCACAGAUCCUGUGCAUCCCAAAAUCUGGAGGACCAACGCGUCACCCUGAGGAGUUUUCUCUGACUGAGAGCAACUUUGCUGCUGCUGAAAAUGAGGAUGGAGCCACUAAAGAGGCCCCACAGUACUGGGACAUCAAGUUUUAACUGGGCUAAUUUUCUAUAUUGUCACAUGACAAGAUUUAAAGAGUCCUAAACUGGACACAAAAACAUAAAGUUCCAGAAAGAAAGUGGCUGAAUGCACAUUGUAGGGUUUUUUCAAUCAAUAUGGGGCGCCAUUUGUAAAAUCAAAGAGUCAUAAUGUAACAGCAGAAUUUUGUGUUAUUUAGCCUGUCAUAAAAGACAAAAUGGGAGUUUAAUUUUCAAAGUCAAAUUUUCACCAUUAUAUGCAAACAUUUAUAAAGGUAAAGUUCCCAACCAAAUAUUUAGUUAGCUAAACUAAAUAUUUAAUUUAUUCUAAUUCAAUUCAAUUCAAAAAUACUUUAUUAAUCCCAGAGGGAAAUUGAUUAACAUUUAUUUUAAAGACUAAAUAUUUAGGUCUAACCUAAUAUUUAGGUCUAACCUAAAUAUUUAGUAUGUAAAAUAAAUAUUUAAUUUUCCAACUAAAUAUUCAUUUGGAGCUAAAUGUUUAUUUUGGAAGCUAAAAAUUAUGGUCCAAAUUAAAUAUUUAUUUUCAAAAAUAAAUAUUUAGAUCGUCUCGUCUCGUCUAUCCAUGUCCGGGUCUGGGGCAGCAUCCCAACUAGGGAGUUCCUAUUUAGAUCCCAGCAUAAUAUUUAUUUUGGAGCAAAACAUUUAGUUUGCAAAAGCAAUUUUUAAGCUUAGCCCCAAAAUAAAAAUUUAAAUUUCAGCUAAGUAUUUAUUUUGGAGCAAAAUAUUUAGUUUACAAACUAAAUAUGUAGCUCUAAAUUAAAAAUAUAUUUAAUAAAUUAAAUAUAUGUUUUACAAACUAAGCUACAUAUUUAGGUCAAACCUAAAUAAAAUAAAUAUUUAACUCUAAAUAAAAAAUAGCUUGCUUGCUAAAUAUUUAAUUGGGAUCUUUUACAUUUAUACAUGUAUGAAUAAUACUGGGAAAUAUGAUUGUGAAAAAUGAACUCAUUUUUUUUAUUAUAAUACACUAAUAUAUAUAUAUAUAUAUAUAUAUAUAUAUAUAUAUAUAUAUACAUAUAUAUAUAUAGUUUUUAUGUUAUGACUUUUUGACUUUACAACUGAUGCCCAUUAAUCGAAGCCUUUCAACAAAGUGGUGCUAAAGUCUUCCAGACUCAUUUUAGAAGAUUUAUAUGUUUUGUUAUGGUUACGUGUUCCUACUUCGUUCAAGAAUCUCUUAACUCCAAAGUGAACCUUUUAACAAACGACCAAGACAUUUUGUAUAUAUGUUGUUUUUCACUCCUGUGUCCAAAUUUUAUUCUGAGAUCACUUUGAUGUCAAUCAGAAGCUGUUUGGUUCGUUGGCUUUAUGUUGUAAUAAAGUUUUGUAGAACGGAACGAAUAAGAAA